UCGCCAUUACCGCUUGGCAGUGCUGCUGGAAGGCUGAGGGAGGAGGAGGGAGCUCGCAGAGCCAGGUUUCAGCUUUCAGCAGCGCAUACCACACCAGCAGCGCCCGAGUGCGCUCACAUACGGGUUAAUCGUCCUUUUGGGAUUUAAGUGGACCCGACCUGCGAGGAAACCCGAGUUCGGAUUCUGUCGACAGGCUCCAGUGUGCGCAGGUUGUGGACCGUGAGAAAAAGGAGACUUUGCCAGUGAAUGUGGGAACGCUUCCUUCUGUUUUCCGUGGUAUGUGGAUCUGGGAGCGACCAUGUUAUAGGGAGGUGAUAAAAGGAGAAGCUGGCUUCUCCGUCCCAGCUUGAAGGACACACGGGAUUUGAACCAAGAGUGAUACAGAAAGAAGCUUUCACUGGAACAAAAGGAAUAGAAGAUGACAGGUCCUCUAACCUUCUGACGAGCAGAACUGGAAUGAUCUCUUGACCUCUUUUUUUUAAUCGUAACCAAGUUAGCGAUGAGCGGGGGGAUAUAAUGGCCAAGAACAAGGAUGCACGCCCUCCGACAUUCGCUGUCAGCGUGGUUGGCCUCUCUGGGACUGAGAAAGAGAAGGGCAACUGUGGUGUGGGCAAGUCCUGCUUAUGCAACCGAUAUGUGCGUCCUGAUGCGGACAAUUACUACUCUGAGCACACCUCUGUGCUCAGCACCAUAGACUUUGGUGGACGUGUGGUCAACAAUGACCACUUCCUUUACUGGGGAGAUGUAUCCCAUCGAGGAGAUGAGGGUUUGGACUGUAAAAUCCAAGUCAUUGAACAAACUGAGUUCAUUGAUGACCAAACAUUUCUUCCGCAUCGGAGCACAAACUUGCAGCCAUAUACCAAAAGAUCUGCGGCGACCAAGCUGCAGUCAGCAGAGAAGCUCAUGUACAUCUGCACAGACCAGCUGGGUCUGGAGCAGGACUUCGACCAGAAACAGAUGCCAGACGGGAAACUGAACAUUGACGGUUUUGUACUGUGUGUUGAUGUUAGCAAGGGCUGCAAUAGGAAGUUUGAUGAUCAAAUGAAGUUUGUCAACAGUCUCUACUCACAAAUAGUCAAAUCCAAGAAACCUAUUGUUGUUGCUGCCACAAAAUGUGACGAGUGUGUGGACCAGCAUCUAAGGGACCUCUAUGCCUUUGUUAACAGCAAGAAAAACCUAAUGGUGAUUGAAACAGCGGCACGCUUCAACGUGAACAUAGACUUGUCCUUCAAUGCCCUUAUCCAGCAGCUGGACAAAACAAGAGGAAAGCCAAAAACGGUGCCGUACUUGGAGGCCUAUAAAGUCCAGCGGCAGCUUAUUGCCUCCGUAACAGACCGGUUUGAGAAAGUUAUGCUUCACACAGUAAGAGAUUAUCACACUACGUGGAAAACUGUAGCAAAUAUUCUCAAAGGCCAGUCAGACUACGAUGAAUUCAUCACCCUGGAGGGCUCCCGGAAAGCCCGCAGCAUGUUCACUAAACACAUUGAAAAACUGAAGCAAGAGCACAUAAAUAGGAGGCGUGAAGAGUACCUGACUACUCUGCCAAAAACCCUCAACAACCUGUUCAAUAACCUAGAGGAGGUAGAACAUUUGUCAUGGGCUGAGGCACAGGAUGUUAUCCGCAUUAGGCCGGAUUUCCAGUACUGGUUUGUACGACUGGAGCAUACACCCUGGGAUGAAACCGACCACAUAGAUAACAGUGACCGCAGGAUACCCUUUGACCUCCUUGAGACACCUGAUGCUGGGAGAAUUUACUAUAACCACGUCCAGCACCUGCUGUCAGAGAAAAGACGAGGGGAGAUGAAAGAAAGAUUCAAAAAAACGCUGGAAAGAGUUCAUUUCAUCAGUCCGGGCCAGCCUUGGGAGGAAGUCAUGUGCUUUGUCAUGGAAGAUGAAGCCUACAAGUACAUCACUGAAUCAGAUAGGAGAGAUGUUUACUCUAGGCACCAGCAGGAAAUAGUUGAAAAGGCCAAAGAGGAUUUUCAGGAAAUGCUGUUUGAGCAUGCUGAGCUAUUUUAUGACUUGGACCUGAAUGCAACCCCCAGCUGUGACAAGAUGACUGAAAUUCACAGUGUGCUAAAUGAGGAGCCCAGAUAUAGAGCUCUGCAGAAACUUGCCCCAGAUAGAGAGUCGCUCCUCCUCAAACACAUUGGGUUUGUUUACCAUCCCACUAAAGAGACGUGCCUGAGUGGGCAGAACUGUGUAGAUCUGAAAGUGGAGCAGGUUUUGGCCAACAGGCUGGUGCAGCUCGACCAUGGCCGAUCUAAUCUCUACUAUAACAGUGCCAACAUUGAUAAAAUCAACCUCUGCCUCCUGGGAAAGGAUGGUUUGUCACAAGAACUAGCCAAUGAAAUCAGAGCUCAGUCCACGGAUGAUGAGUAUACCCUAGAUGGUAAAAUUUAUGAAUUGGAGCUUCUCCCUGUUGAUGUGAAUUCCACGCUACUUUUCAGUCACACGUGGGUCACCACUUUUAAACCUCACGGUUGCUUUUGUGUGUUCAGCUCUAUAGAGUCCCUUAACAGCAUUGGUGAUUGCAUUGGUAGGAUCAGAGCAGAGAUGGCGCAGAGUCGACGAGAUCGAUUUGCUCAGCCACUCCCUUUCAUACUCAUUCUUGCAAAUCAGAGGGACAAUGUUUGUAAAAACAUACCUAUCCUGAGGCACCAGGGCCAACAGCUGGCCAACAAGUUGCAGUGCACCUUUGUUGAUAUCCCCUCAGGGGCUUUUCCUCGAAAAUUCACAGAGUUCCAAAUUAAGCAGGGCCUCAGAGCAGUGCUGGAGGGGCUGAAGCAUAACUAUGAUGUGUUGGCCCCGUUGCCCUGCAUUAAAGACAUGACAGAGACAGACCUUAGAAUAGUCAUGUGUGCCAUGUGCUGGGAUCCUUUCAGCGUUGACCUCAUCCUCUCACCUUUCUUAGACUCACAUUGCUGUAGUGCAGGGCAGCCAGGUCAGAGCAACACACUAAUUUUGGACAAGAUCAUCAGGGACAGCCGGAAAAGGAUCCAGGUCACCAUCCUUUCCUACCACUCUGCUAUUGGUGUUCGUAAAGACGAACUGGUGCAUGGCUACAUUCUGGUGUACUCUGCCAAACGCAAGGCCUCUAUGGCAACCCUGCGAGCGUUCUUGGCUGAAGUCCAGGAUGUGAUCCCGGUCCAGAUGGUGGCCAUCACAGACAGCCAGGCAGAUUUCUUUGAGAAUGAUUCCAUCAAGGAACUGAUGACAGAGGGGGAGCACAUUGCAACAGAAAUUGCUGCCAAGUUUACAGCGCUCUAUUCACUGUCACAAUAUCAUCGGCAGACAGAAGUUUUUACACCCUUUUUCAAUGAAGUGCUAGAAAAGAAGCCAAACAUUGAAAGCGCCUUCCUGUUUGAUAGCUCAUCGCGUGAGUGUACCACCGGAGCCAGUGAAGAUGUCUUCCCCACGUCCCCCCACAGCCACUCCCCAGCCUACAACACCUAUUACCCGGAGUCGGAUGACGACAACGAGGCUCCGCCACCUUACAGUCCGAUCGGUGAUGACGUUCAGCUUCUCCCUACACCAAGUGAACGGGCCAAGUAUCGUAUUGACCUAGAGGGGAAUGAGUAUCCCAUUCAUAGCACGCCUGUUGGAGACCAUGAACGUAACCACAAAGUGCCUCCACCUGUCCGACCCAAACCAGUGCUCCCCAAGCCUAAUGUGAGAAAGCUUGACCCCAACCUGCUCAAAACUAUUGAGGCGGGUAUGCGAGGUAAUCGCAGGAUGCCCCGUGGCCCAGGCACUCACUCGGAAGACGUGGAGGCAUCAGACAACUAUGCAGACCCAGUGGACACCCUAUUCAGGUCCAGGGGCUUCCACAAUGAUGACAUAUAUGCGGUUCCAGAGGAUGCACACAGCCGAUUGGUUAAAAUGAAAAACUCCUUCGGUGGAGUACAUGGCCCCCACGGAGGAGAGGAGGAGAACGGGUUUGAUCGUAGACCUCAGGCUGGAAGGCGUCCAUCAAAAUACAAACAUCGCUCUAAAAUCCUGUUCAGUAAAACAAAAGCAUACCAAAGACGAUUCCUGUCGGACAGCGAGGGGGAGGAGUCUUGUCCUGCAACACAGAAGAAGAAAAAGGGAAGAGCCCACAGGGGCAGUGAGGAGGACCCUCUGCUCUCUCCAGCUGACCAAUGGAAGAUUGGGAUAGAUAAUCCCGCCAUCACUUCUGACCCCGAACAGGAUGACAAGAAAGCAAAGAAGAAGAAGACUCCUAAGACACCAAAGGAACCGAAGAAGCCCAAAACGAUCAAGCCCCCUAAGCCUUUGUACCCGCCCACACGAAGAACCUGGGAGAGUAAUUAUUUUGGCGUUCCCCUGCUGAACCUGGUGACCCCGGAGCGUCUUAUUCCACACUUCGUCGAGAAAUGUGUCGACUACAUAGAGCGCACAGGUCUGACGACGGAGGGCCUGUAUCGCGUCUGUGGCAACAAGACGGACCAAGACAACCUCCAGAAACUGUUUGAUCAAGAUCAUAACAUCGACUUUGUGGCGAUGGAUGUGGCGGUGAACGCUGUCGCCGGCGCGUUGAAGGCUUUCUUCGCUGACCUGCCUGACCCGCUGAUCCCCUACAGCCUGCACCCGGAGCUGGUGGAGGCUGCAAAAAUCAUGGACCACAUGGAACGCCUGCAGGUUCUACGGGAGAUUGUGAAGAAGUUUCCUUCUGUCAACUACCAGGUCUUCAAAUACAUCAUCACACACCUGAACAGGGUGAGCCAGCACAGCAAGACCACCCUGAUGACCGCCGACAACCUGUCCAUCUGCUUCUGGCCCACGCUGAUGCGGCCCGACUUCGAGAACAAGGACACGCUGUCGACCACUAAGCUGAACCAGGCCGUCAUCGAGACCUUCAUCGUGCAGAGCGACUACUUCUUCCACGGCGGGGAAGUGGCCGAGAGCUCCAGCAGCGAGGGGACGCCGCCGCCGCGUUGCCACAACAUGGUGGAGGCGCUGCUGCCGCUGCAGCUGCCCCCCCCCCUGCAGCCUCAGCAGAUCCAACACACUCUGCCCCCUGAGCCGCUCAUGUAGCAGCCAGUGGAGCAUGCUGGGACUCUGGUGUGCUUCCUACGGCCCGCCGCCGCCUGCAGGCCCCCUCCAGCUGGGCGGCUGAUGACGUGGAACAUUACGCGACCUGCCUGGUGAUUCUGGGAGAAUCUGUCAGCUGCUGCUCGUCGUCUGCUCUGGUUUAGAGGCACAUGGACCAUCUGUUGGAUCGGUUCUAAUCUGUGAGAGCUGCCCACUCUGGGAAGGAAAUCCCGGAUUAGGGAACUGCAAUUGCACGUUACCUUUUGGAACUUUUUUUGGGGGGGGGGAGGGGGGGGGGGGGGGGGACUUUUACAUAAAACCGAGUUUGAUUUGGCACAUAACACUAUUCGUUCUUCAGGGUCGAACAGGAACGCCGUGAAUAAAAAGAUCCCUACUUUGCCCUCAUGGAUUAGCACACUUGGUUCCGAUGUUCCUGUUAAACCCCCCAACUCACCCCCCCACCCCACCCCAUUCCUGCUCCGAGACUUAGAGAAAAGGGAAGUUAAACCUGUCUGAUUAGUAACUCACACUCCCGAGUCUUCCUGCAGCGUCCGGCACCGGAAACAUUUCCUCUGACUCCAGAUCAGCUCCUGGAAACGAGCCGCUGACUUUGUUUUUGGGACCUGUGGGUCUGAACCACUCCGGGGACGGGACGGACCUCCCGACAGGACAGCACAUGCACGGGUCGUCCACGUGUCCAUUUCAUGUCUGCUUCUGUCUUAUCAUUUCUUCUUGUAUAUCUUUUGCAAAAUCUAUCCAACUCGCGUGUGUGUGUGUGUGCGUGUGUGUGUGUGUGUGUGUGUGUGUGUGUGUGUGAUGGUUUUAUCUGUGUAAACUACAGCCAGGUGGUGUUUUUGUCUUUGGAGGGACGGGGGAUUCAGAAGGGAAGACGAAUCGGAGAUGCCGAUGUUCCGACCCGUAGCGCUCUGUUCCAGAGGAUCUGACCUCAUUCGGCUGAACUCUAACCUCUGGAGCGCUUCUGACUGCAAAGUUUCUGAUUUUUAAGAGACCCCCCCCCCACACACACACACACGUGUCCCCCGGAUGAAGGCACAUGAGCAAGGAAACGACGUUCCGAUUCCUUCUGGAUCUGUUGGGCUCACCGAGGCGUCUCCGUGCUUCCUUUGUAUUUUUAUUCUCUUGUUUCUGUUUGUUGGGACUCUGCAUGCGUUUGCCACUUAGCGAGAGAAGCUAAAACAGGAAUGAAAGCCUAACGGAGCCGUUAGGACCUGCAUCAUUUAUCCGAGUCUUUGCUUUAAGGGGAAUAAUUCCACAGGAAAACAAGUUGUAAUGUUCUUUUUUUUCUCAUGGAAGAAAACAAACUCUUAAUAUCAUAUUUUUGGUUACAUGUUGAAUAGUUUUCCCUGAAUAGAGGAAAGAAUUAUAUCUAAGUCUAUAUAUAAAUCUAUAAAUCUCUGAGCAGCAGACCGACACAGGGUCCUGGGUUCGAAUCAGUCGUCUGAUGUAAGCCAUCUUUUUCUGAUGGCGUGUGUGUGUGUGCGUGCGUGUGUGUGUGUGCGCCCCCGUCCGACAGAAAACACACUUCACUCCUGACCCUCUUCGCUUUAGGCCAGUUCAUCUUAAACGUUUGUUCGAGCUCAUUUCCAGACCUGGAUGAAAACAAGUGAUCGGAUUGUUUUGUGCAUCUUUCAUUUUCUUUAAUUUCCAAGAAUUUUCCUGGAAAAAGUGCAAUUUUGUGGUACUUUAACUUUGUUUUUCAGCAUUUCAAAAUUGAAAGACUUUAACAUGAAUAAUACGACUAACCUGAUGUAACGGGCUGAUUUAGUCGGCCCGUCGGGUCCAAACAGUCAUCAGCUAGAACAUUUAUACUGAAUGUUUUCACCAAUAAACCAGAACCCGUUUGACGCACAUAUUUAUUUUAGUUACCUGGUUUUUUCUCAUUUAUUUAGAGAUAAAUCACUAAUAACUGGACUGAUUCCACUCAUUUGGCAUAUUUAUUUUUAAACUAAGGAAAAAAGUAUGCAAUAUAAAAGUUAAUCAAGUUUAAAUGAGCACAAAUUUAGUCCGAUGAAUGUAAAAUUGAGAUUAAUGUGAUGUUUAAGCUUCAUCUGGUUAAAAGUGACGUCCCAAAAGCAUGUAAAGGCAAAAAUAUCUGAUAUUUACGUUCCUUCUGACUGGAUUUCAUUGAGCACAUUAUGGAAAGCCAAGACGGUACUGACCAGACGCGCUGCCAUUCGGAGCAGAAUCCCAGUAAAGCCUCUCAGAUGAAGCUGCUGCAGCAGAACCAACAGCUUCUUCAUGCACACUCACUCAUCACUAACUUCCUGCUCUGGUUCUGCUCUCCCAGUUUACCCGUAACUCCCGUCAUGGGGUGGGGGGAGAGCUGUUUUAGGUUUAGGUGCUUGGGAGGGUUUAAGUCUCAGACAGGAAGUGUUACUGGGAAUGUCAUCACAAACCAGAGUAACAGCAUCGACAUUAGAGUAACAGACAUGUUGGGGGGGCAUCAGCUGCCACAUGUUAGAACAAUAAAACAAGAUGAAGCCAUUUAUUUUGUUGCUGAAGUCCGCUCCCGCCCAGUAAACCAGGUGACCUAACUGUGUUCUAUCGUAAAUACAGAAGAUUUUCUCAAAUAAAGAACCUCUAAACCAUG